AAACAUCAGUUGGUUAAAAACAGUGCCAGACGUUUGAAGACUGUUGUGUGAGCAUUAGUGCAUAGUUGGCGUUAACGAAAAUUGUAUUGUGUUCGAUUGAAAGUGUAAAUAAAUAAAAGAUUUUAUAAGUGCAGUUUUUUCAACUCUUGCAUCCAGCAUAGCGAAUUUAUAAUAAUAGCGGCGAUUGCCGCAUUGAAUGUGACACUGUCUAUGUGUGUGUUUGUGUAAAUCGCAAAUAUUUUACAGUUGCAGUCCGCCCAACCAGCUGCAAACGAAAAGAAACAUAUAUUUCAUAUGCCGCACUUAUUGUUAGGAAACCCAGAAAUUUGAAACAGUCAGUGUGCAGUAAAUAGUUGAGUAGCAACCGUAACAACCCACAGAAGCAACAACUGCAACUGCAACUGCAAGGUUUAAGGACACAAGAAAAUCCUUGACGUCGCAAGCGACCACCCACAGGUGCGGAGCAACGAAACUCAAGAAAAAGAGCAGAAAAAGGAAAAAGAAGAAAGAUGUCUACUGCCUUCUUAACGCUUGUCGCCGUUAUCGUGUGCAUUCUAUUCCGCAUCCUAAAUGUCCAUAGCCAGCCCUUGAGGCCGAGCGUGUGGUGCCUCGACGAGCAGUUUCUCGAUUGUUUGUACAAAAUUGCGCCGGUGCUGCGCGAACCCUAUGUUCCACCACGUCUAUGGGGAUUCAGCGGUCAUGUUCAGACCGUAUUGCAUAGCAUUGUCGGCCGUGUACGUUGCCCGUGGCCUCUGGGUGAGCGCGUUUAUCUCUCGCUCCAGGAUGGAUCCACCUUAACUUAUGAUCUGUAUCAGCCACUAAAGGAGCAGGAAGAUGAUAUUACAGUGGCUAUUUGUCCGGGAAUAGCGAAUAGUUCCGAAUCGGUUUAUAUUCGCACCUUUGUGCACCUGGCCCAGUGCAACGGUUAUCGCUGUGCCGUUAUGAAUCACAUUGGCGCCCUGCGCACCGUGCAGGUGACCUCUACACGCAUCUUUACCUAUGGCCACACAGACGAUUUCGCUGCCAUGGUAGAGCAUCUGCAUCAGAAGUACCAGCAUAGCCGCAUUGUUGCCGUUGGCUUCAGCCUGGGCGGCAAUCUGGUCACCAAGUACAUGGGUGAAAUGCAAAAGGAAAAACCCAAUAGUGUCAUUGGCGGCAUUUCCAUUUGCCAGGGCUACAAUGCUGUCGAGGGUACCAAGUGGCUGCUGAACUGGCAAAACUUCCGUCGUUUCUACUUGUAUAUCAUGACUGAGAAUGUGAAGAGCAUCAUUUUGCGACAUCGUCAUGUGCUGUUGUCGGAUGAGGUGAAGGCACGUCAUAAUCUCAACGAACGAGAUAUUAUAGCGGCUGCAACAUUGCCGGAACUAGAUGAGGCAUAUACACGACGCGUCUACAAUUUUGCAUCGACACAGGAAUUAUACAAGUGGAGCUCCUCUCUUUUCUAUUUUGACAACAUUGAGAAACCAAUGAUUUAUAUAAAUGCCAAAGAUGAUCCCCUGGUGCCGGUUGAUUUAUUGCAUCCAAUUAAGGAGUAUGCUACAACUCGUCAAAAGUCAGCAUACGUAGAGGUAGCACAUGGUGGUCACCUUGGAUUCUAUGAGGGUGGCUUUCUAUAUCCAAAUCCGGUUACUUGGCUGGAUCGCACGCUGGUUGCAAUGGUUGGCUCUCUGGUCAUGAUGCAUGCGGGUGGAAGCAAAGUGGCGCCAUAGACAGUCGAAUUGUGUACACUCCUGUCAAAAUUAUGAAUGCCGCAGAACUAUAAAAUGCUUUUUAUUUUUUGCCAAAAUUUCAUGUUGCUGUCGAACUAAGUCUUAUACAAAAGUAAAACACAAUGCAUAUUAAAUCAUUAUCAUAUUUGAUGUAACAAACGGACAUUUAUAUCUAAUGUAAACUUUAAAAAGUGCAUUUAAAACAGAGUAUUGCAUGUAGUGGAUUACGUUUAAUUUUCUAAUUUUUAAACGAAUUUUAUGCAACAACAUCAACAAAUGAUGUAAAAAGCGAAAUGAUUUAGUUUUAGAUUCGAACUAAUUGUCUAUAGAAUAGUUAGUAACGCACAUUCCAUGUACUUAUUCGUAAGAGAAUCCUAAUUUAAAAAGCUUUAAACGUUAUUUAUGAAACAAACAUGUAAACAAACGAAACGAAAGAAACAAGAUGCAUGGAUGAAACAGAAAUAAGUAAAGCAAAAAUAAAUUGUAUUUCCCUGGCCGAAACGUA